AUGGGCCACUCAUCAAGCCAGCUUCCUCAUACUCGCAACAAGACCUCUUCGCGCAGCCCUGUGAAGAGUGUAUCUGCCUCUGGUUUCACUGUCAAACCCGAAGAUUGGAAAAGGUCCCCAUCUUCGAGAAUCCAGUAUCCACAUCCUCCCCAGACUGGUGGUGUCACAGAGACUAUCUUUGGCAUUGAAGUGAAUGAUCCCUGGAGAGCUCUGGAGGAUCUCGAGUCUGAUGAAACGAAAGCUUUCGUAAAGGCCCAGAAUAAGCUCUCCAUUCCUCGGCUCAGCGAGCAUCCCCUUCGAAAGCCGCUCGAAGAAGCCGUCGCAGCAUGCUACAACCACGAGCAGAUGAGCAAUCCUGAGCUCCAGGGCGAUGGGUACUACUACUGGAAGUUCAAUCCUGGCACUGCACCUCGCGACGUCAUUGUGAGGUCUAGAGACGUGUCUGAGCACUUUGGCAAAGCUCCUGGAAGCGAGGGUCCAGAUUUGUUCUACGACUUGAACAAGGAGGAAAAGGUUUCUUUGUAUGCCGACAGUUUCUCGCCCAGCGGCCGACUUUGGUGUGCUGUAUUACAAUACUCUGGGAGCGACUGGCAAAGACUUCGAAUCAUUGACACUCGAACGAAAGAGGUGCUCGAAAGAGAUCUCGGUGGCUCCAAAUUCACUUUUGGCGUUACCUGGGUUGGUGAGAAGGGCUUCAUCUACAAGCGCUCCGUAAUAUACGAUCCUUCCAAUGACAGCUACGAUGGCAUCGACGGCGCCUUCGGCAUGUUCUAUCAUGCCGUUGGCCAGCCCCAAUCCACCGACGUGCUUAUAUGGGGUCCUCCCGACGGCGUUUUUCAGUACAUCGGCAAAACCAAGGUCAUCUCUGUCAAUGAACAAGAGGGUAGCGGAGAGCGUGCUUGGCUCGCCCUUGAUGUCUAUCGAAAUACAAGUCCCGAGACUGAGCUGCUUGUAAUUGAGCUUCCAGGUGGGACUGCGAAUCCUGUGGGCUCUACUAUAGCAGAGCUGGUCGUCAAAGAGGGCAAGUGGUUAUCGAGAGGAUUCACUGGCGAGACUCAUUAUAUCGGAUCUCUAUCAUCCGGCCGACACCUUUUCACCUCCUUCACCGACGGCCACUCUACCGGCCGUAUUAUUGCCUUCGACAGCGCCGAAUGGGAGACUACCCCCAUCGGCAGCAAUGUGCCACUGCACGAGAUUAUCCCCGAUGAUCCCUCUGGUUAUCAGCUUGGAAGCGCACAUGUUAUUGGAGACCAAGUCAUCGCCCUCAUCUAUCUCAAGCACGCCUGUGCCUCUGUCGUCUUUGUAGAUGCUCGCACUGGAAAACUUCUUGGUGCUGCCGAUGCCGAGGGUACACACGGCGAGGUCGUUGCUGCACCCGACACCCACAUUCCCGUCCCCGAGGAAGAGAUCAGCAGAGCGUCCGAGGGUACUGUGGUCAUCCCCGAGCACGGCGCUAUCACCUCCGUCUCUGCCGGCCCAUAUGCCUCUGAUUUCUACUUUACGGUCGAUACUUGGGUCGCUCCCUCAUACGUGCUCAAAGGGGCGAUCAUCAAGAACAAAGCGGGCUCAUUGGAGGUUGAUAUCAGCAAUGUCAGGCCCGUCGAUGACCCUGCGCCACACGAGACUUUGAUAAGCUCUCAAAUUUUCUACGACUCUCAUGACGGUACCAGGAUCCCAAUGUUUAUCUGUCAUCCCCAAGACCUCGACCUUUCCAAGCCGCAUCCUCUCCUUCUGCAUGCCUACGGCGGAUUCUGUGUGCCUGUCCUGUCACACUAUGAUCCUAUGUUUGCAACUUUUAUGCGCAACAUGCGAGGAAUUGUGGCAAUUGCCGGUAUCCGUGGCGGAGGAGAAUACGGCACCGCCUGGCAUCAAGCCGCUAUCGGCGUCAAGCGCUCUGUCAGCUGGGACGACUUUGCCUCUGCCGCCAUCCACCUGCAAUCCAUCGGUCUCACUACGCCAUCCCUCACUGCCAUCUAUGGUAGCUCCAACGGAGGAUUACUCAUGUCUGCUUCGACGAUACGACACCCGGAACUCUCUGAAGUGGUGUUUGUCGAUGUGGCGUUGACUGACCUUGUGAGGUAUCACAAGUUUGGCCUGGGGCGAAUGUGGAUGGACGAGUACGGCUCUCCCGACGAUAGCAACGACUUUUCAAUUCUGCUCGCCACCUCUCCUCUACACAACGUCAACCCCGACCCUUCCGUCAAGUAUCCAGCUAUGCUCAUAACGACUGGCGACCACGACAAUCGUGUCAUGCCCGGACACUCGUUGAAGUUUAUAGCGGAGCUUCAAGUCGGGACAAAAUCUACUGCCAAGAAGGUCGAGGAAGCCGUUGAUCGACUUGUAUUUGCGCUUGACAACCUGAGAUCUGGAGAUAUAUCUGGUUCAUCCUGA